GCAUGACAUCAACUGUCAAACUGCGUGAGUGUGAUGCUCUACUGAUAUUUAGUCGUUUAUUAAACGAUCAGCAGUGAAAAGAUGAGACAGAGCGAUGUUUAUAUCUUUAAAUGAUGACAGCAAGAGAUCAACGAGUAAGAAUCGCGCGAGAGUAACGCUGAUGAACGGAUAUCGAGGGAUUCAGGAGGAUUUUAAGGGCAGUUUAUUUCUACUUCACGGGUAGUAAACGAUGAGCUGGCUGGGCAGAAACGCAACGAUCGGUCUCGGCGUCGGUGUGACUAUCAGCACCGGUCUGAUCGCUUUAUUGAUCAUCAAAGAGGCUUUCAGGAGGAGAAAUCGUCGCCUGCUGCUGCACAACACCAGAUCUGCUUUACACAAUGACGCAGUGGAUUCCUCAGCUCUUACUGCAGCGGUGCAAGGUUUGUCUCCUGAUCAGCAGCAGGAGCUGAGGAAGACUCUGGAUGAGGUGAUGAAGAGCGUGUCCAGUCUGAGGAAUGAGAUCGCAGAGCUACGUGAGGGUCUGAAGGACAUCACCACCACCAUCGCUGAAGACGUCAAAAAGACUGUCGAGGAGAGUCAGAGAUCGCGACGGCGGCGUUCACACAUGCCGAGGGAGCGCACUGAAUCCAUGAGCUCCAGCUCUAUUUAUUUCACCGCCAGUGCUGGGAUUGCAAGUGCUUAUGAUGACAGCGAGGUCGGAUACUCCACGGCCUACUCCAAUGCUGAGUCCGACUACACUGACAGAGAGACAGAUCGCGAGACAGAUAAAGAUGGAGAGGAUGAGGACAGAGACUCAGAGGAGGAUGAAGAGCAGAGCUGCGCCACUGUGCUUACCCUGCGGCAGGAAGAUUCACAGGCUGAGGAAGAGGAGGAUGAAGAUUCAGCGCUGAUGGUGGAAUCUUUAACGGACAUUCCCAUUCCUGAACUCGUCCUCCUGCUCGCUCAGUGUGAUCUACUGCAUGCAGGGGACGCUGAAAAGAAAACGGAAGGCUUCCAGCUGCUGAUGGAGAACAGGCCGCUGUAUGCUGAUAAUGCAGAGUUUAUGUGGCGACUGGCUCGCGCCUACAGCGACAUGUGUGAGACAACUGAAAACAGAGAAGAAAAGAAGAACUACGCAGAGCAAGGUAAUUAUGAAGCCGAAGCAGCGCUGACGAGGAAUGGCUUGAGUGCAGAUUGUCACAAAUGGUUUGCCAUCCUCGCACGCCAGUCUUCACAGUACGACAGCAUUCAUGGAAAACUGAAAAGCGGUCACAUACUCAAGGAGCAUUUGGAUCGAGCUUUAGCUCUGUGUGACGACGAUCCCAUUUGUUUUUACCUGCUGGGCCGAUGGUGUUUAGAGGUGAGCUCUUUGAGUUGGUUGGAGAAGAAAGCUGCUGCCACGUUUUAUGAAACUUCACCAACAUCCUCACUGAAUGAAGCUUUAGAGAAUUUCCUCAAGGCAGAGGAGUUAAAUCCCGGUUUCUCCAAAACUGUUCGGCUGUAUAUCGCCAAGUGUCAUAAAGAGCUCGGAAACCUGUCAGAAGCAAGAAACUGGGUCCAACUAGCUCUUAACACACCAGCAGGAGCAAAUGAGGACUCUGACGUCGCUGCUCUUCAGACGGAGCUUAAGGCUUUGAUUGACAGCCCAACUGACCAAUCUACAAGCAGUAUAAGUAAUUAGGGUGGAGUCUAAUGAAAACCGCCAUCUACUCUUUGCAUUAAAUACAAAUAUUUAACUUG